CCGAUUGCCAAGUAGACAAACAGGAAGUCAGGCCGCUAGCUAAUCAUGGGAUAACUUGUUUUUGAAAGGCAUCUCCAAUUCCGACGAUUAUUUUGUUGACAGUAGUUUGUAAGUGAAACAUACAAGAUGACAGAUAUGUAAAUAAAGGUUGAUAUGGCGAUAAGGAAACAACCUCCAGACUCCAGACAGUUGGACAAGCCCAGUAGUCAUGAACCCCAGUUCUCCCUGUGAGMGCCAGAGCCCUGAGGGUGACCCUCCAGAUGAUUGGUUCCACCUUUCCACCAUGUCUCUGGGAACRCAGGGCUCUGAUGGAAGCCGGGAUGACCCAGAGGAACCUGAGGAGAGAGGCAGACUCAAGUCCAAGUUGGUGUCAGCAUGGAACAAUGUCAAAUAUGGCUGGUCGUUCAAGUCAAAGGCCCGCUURAGCAAGACCUCUCCUCUGACCAUGCUUGGACAGUCUUAUCUGCUCAGUCAUGGAGUGGAGAGGGAGUGCUUUCGCCGGGCCUUUGCCACUCUGUUGUGGCUGACGUACAGGCGGGGCUUCCCACAGCUGGAUGGUUCCUCUCUGACCACAGACAGUGGGUGGGGCUGCAUGCUGCGCAGUGGACAGAUGCUGCUGGCACAGGGGCUGCUGCAACACCUGCUGCCAGGUACAGGAGUCUCGCUCCUUGGGUCCAGAGGUGGACUUAAGAAGGGAAGGAGGAAGAGCAUAGUGUCCUUCCUGGAGAGUCGGACUGAGGUCACUCACAGACGGGUGGUGUCCUGGUUUGGGGACCAUCCCAUCGCCCCGUUCGGGCUGCACCAGCUGGUGGAACAGGGCACAAGCUCAGGGAAGAAGGCAGGGGACUGGUACGGCCCCUCCAUCGUAGCACACAUACUUCGUAAGGCUGUUGACGCAGCAUCAGCAGAGGUGUCCAAUCUGACAGUGUAUGUAGCACAGGACUGCACUGUGUACAUAGAUGACGUGGUGAGGCUGUGUGAGAGACCUCUAUCUGAGGUCUCCACAGGACCCAGUCCAGCCUGGAAGUCUGUCAUCAUCCUGGUCCCUGUGCGCCUGGGAGGAGAAGUCCUCAACCCCACCUACAUCAAAUGUGUCAAAAAUCUCCUGAGGUUAGAAUGCUGCAUUGGAAUCAUUGGUGGCAAACCCAAGCAUUCUCUGUUCUUUGUUGGGUACCAAGACGAACAGCUGCUGUACUUGGACCCCCACUACAGCCAGUCCACAGUAGAUAUCACACAGGAUAACUUCCCCUUAGAGUCAUUUCACUGUAAGUGUCCCAGGAAGAUCUCCUUCAGUCGCAUGGAUCCCAGCUGCACUAUAGGCUUCUAUGCCAAGAGCCAGAAGGAAUUUGAGUUACUGUGCUCAGCUGUUAGCACGGCUCUCUCAUCAUCAACAGAAAAGUACCCCAUCUUCACCAUUGCAGAGGGUCAGGGGCAGGAUGGGGGGCAGGAGGAUGAGAGCGAUGCACCCCCAAACUCUGUCACCCACAUCUUGACCAAGGACAAGGCGAGGCUGAGAAGGACCAAUAACAGCAACAGCAUGGAUGAGUUUGUGUUAUUGUGAACUAACGUAGCAGGCAUAAGUUCUAAGCUCGGUUGAAUUAGCUGUAUCCCUGAAAACCGGAACAUCCGGUUGUUGGCAACUCCGCUAAGGGUGCUGUGAACAGACUGACUUAAUGUGGCCAGCAGGGAACAUAAUUCACAUACCAACUCAUACACACGGUUACUGAACUGAGCUUUAUCAGUGGCAGCUACUGACGGGGGACAUGCUCCAGCAUUAGCCUUUAUCCCCAACCUCCACAGGCAAUACCCAGGCUGGGUGAGGUGUUGCUGAAUAGAACAGGCCAAUGACACUAUUCUUGUGUAUUUAUUAGUUUGGGCUAAUUAUUUGUUUUAAGGGGAUGUGUUUUUAUGAAUGUAACAAUAUUUUUUAAAUGAAGGUUUUUGUUUAAUUGUUUUUAAUUUUAAGGUUUUGAUAUUAGUAUGGUUUUGAGGUUCUUACGUUAAAUAACCUGCCUUCAACUUCGUUGUUUACUAUUCUACAUGAAGUCAUGGGUGACUCUCUGCCUGGCUGAAAGACACUAACUGACCCUAUUUCAUAAUUGUGUAGAUAGGCUGCUCAUCCCAUAGUCCUCUCCACUACAACCUUUUGUUGAACUACUUUGUCCAGCAUUAGACUCAAGACAAUCUGGGCUCUGAGCUGCUGUUUGACGUUAUGUGACAGGAUGUCUGCUCUGUGAAUGGAUUKGGAAAUUGGAUUCCUUAGACCGUGUGACGUGCACAUGGAACCGUUGAAGGAAUAAAUMUAUCUUCUUAGA